AUGGCUGCCGACAACACUCCCGUAUCGCCCAUCCGACCCGAAGAAUCCGUGACGACUCGAGAGGAGAUGGACUUUGACGACCACGAGCAAGGCAGCGGUACCGUGUCGCCCCAGGGCCACGAAACGCCCACAAAGCCGGUAAAGGCGCCAUCUCCUCGUCCGCGAGUAUCCUUCCAGGAGCAAACCGAGGACAUCCCACCUUCUAAGCCACCGCGGCCUGUCAGUCCGAAUCAACAGGCUGAGAUCACGCUCAUUGAAGCCUUCCCCACCAUUGACACCAAAGUCGUCAAGGCUGUUCUCAUUGCCAGCGGUGGCAAGGUAGAGCCGGCGUUUAACGCUCUACUGGGCAUGUCUGACCCUGAUUUCCGGGUGGAAGAUGCUCAGCCUCCUCCUCAACCGCCCCGUCCGGCCCAGCGUCAACCUCUCAACCAGCUAGAAGCCGAUGAGCGUCUCGCGAGGCAGCUAGCGGAGCAGUAUGGUUCGAGUGGUCAGAGCUCGGGUCAUCGAUACAAUCAACGUGAGCCAGGCCGGCGGGGUCCGAAUCAGCAGCGCAACCCGGAUGAUGAUGACAGAGAGCGCAGCUUCUUCGACGAUGACCUGCCCGAGAUUGGCCGCAACAUCCAGGAAGGCUUCAUGGAGACGCAAAAGCGAGUCAACAGCUGGAUCACUACCUUCAAGAAGAAGAUCGACGGGGAAGACGAGGAUGGAGGCGAUCUAUACAAUUCCGCGCAAUCUGGCGCCAGAAAGAAUACGACCGACAACUGGCCGCCGAGACAGGACUUUGGCGCGAGCCGGGCUGAGCAGUUGUACGGAAUUAGGAAGUCGGCAGAGCAGCAACAGCGGAGGAGCACUGAGACUCAGCGCUAUGAUGCUGAUCCAAGGGAACUCGGCGAGGACGAAUUCGAACGUCUGGAACUUAGAGACGACGAAGCGCCCCCUCCGCAGCCUCCUCGGACUAGCAGCAGGAAGACAGCCAAUCCAGAUCUGUUCAAGCCGCAGCCAAAGCCUCCUCAAAGCGGGCCGGUCGAUGAGGUGGAUGCGGCUGAGCGUCAAAUCGCUGGCAAGGAUGCGUCGCAAUCAGGGAAAGACAAAAAGUGGCAACCCCUGACCAACGUCAACCCAACUCCUACUGCAGAAGACGAUGACGAUCCUUUUGCGCUUGGAGAUGACGACGACGAAAAGGACGGCAAGGAAGAUCUUCGAAAGGAAGAUACGGCGAGACUGAAAGAGUCCGCUAGGAACAGCAUCAGUGCAGGCAGUGGCGCCGACUCCACCAAGAAAACUUUGGAGGAGAGUGAGACCAGUGCCUCCGGCAGGAACAAAGAUGCUGAAACUAUCUUGACGGGCGAGAAGCCAUGA